CAGCUCAGUUUCAUCUCACUCUCUCCUUUUCAUGAUAGGCCGCUUCCUCCUACAGCAGAAGACUCUGACUAAAUCAGAAGAUGAUGCAGGAGGUUUUGAGACAAAGCGGUUGCCACGGGGCUGUUUUCUCUCCUGUUUUGUGAUAAUGGACAAAGCCAGGCUCUGAGUGACACAAUGUCUUGUGGGGAGUUCAUUGAGCUACGUGACCUGCGCAACAACAGAGAACAGAUAGAGCUGACAAGCACACAUUCACCCUGCUCCCCUCCUCGACUGGAGAGAACCAACGCCCUGAGGAUCAGCCCGGGGAAGGUCCCAGACCUGCUGAGCCGGGUGGGCAUCAUCAGAGUCCUGAGCAGCACCCAGGACCCCCAGCUCAAAGAGGAGAAGGGAGAGGGACACAACUUCCAACCCUGCAGCCACGCUCAGCCCACGUGGUGUGACCUGUGUGGAGACUUCAUCUGGGGCCUUUACAAGCAGAGCCUGCGGUGUGUCAAUUGUAGAUUCACAUGCCACUACCGCUGUCGAGCCCUGAUCCAGUUGGACUGCAGCUUGGACGAAGGCUCUGUGUCCGACCAAACAUGUGUUGUGGAGCACACCAUAGAAACGGACACAAAUGUGGAUGAACAAAUUGACUGUGGGAAGCAGGAGUUGACAACUGCAGAUAUCCAGCAGAAGGUCAAGGAAUACAACAGUCAGAUCAACAGCAAUCUGUUCAUGAACAUGAACAAGGAUGGUUCGUACACUGGCUUCGUAAAGGUGCAGUUUAAGUUGGUGCGACCUGUGUCGGUUCCACAUCCAAAGAAAGGGGGUCAAGAUGCUGGAGGGAGGAAGGCUAGCGGAGUGAAGCGUCGCACCUCUUUCUACCUGCCAAAGGAUGCAUCCAAGCACCUGCACAUAAGCUCCCGCACCUCUGCCCGUGAGGUCAUUGAGGCUUUACUGAAAAAGUUUACUGUGGUGGACAAUCCUGGCAAAUUUGCUCUGUUUGAGCGUAGCGAGCGUCAUGACCAGGUUUAUGUUCGCAAGCUGUCUGAUGCUGAACGUCCCCUCCGUCUGCGUCUGUGUGCUGGGCCGAGUGAGAAAGUCCUCAGUUUUGUGAUCAAAGAAAACGAAACUGGAGAGGUCAAUUGGCAUGCCUUCUCUAUGCCUGAGUUAAAGAACUUCCUGCGCAUUCUGCAGCGUGAAGAAGAGGAACACGUCAAGCAGAUAGUGCAGCGAUACGCUCUGGCCCGCACUAAGAUGCAGGAGGCGCUGGCUGGCUCCACCCCUGGUUGAGACAACUCUUCGCUCGGGAUUAAACGUGCACCUCUUGGCUGGACAAUCACCAGUCAUCGCUGCAUCCAAAGAUCCCAGAGAAAACAACUCAAAACGCCUCUUCGGUGAACGAGAGAGUGAGACAGGGCGCAAGACAAUGAGAGAGAGAGAGAGAGAGAGCUAGCGCGAAUGUGCGUGUGAAAUGAUGCGAGAGAUGAGAAGUGCCUUACACCUGGAGAGUCUGAUGUGCCUGUGAGAAUGAGUUGAGAGACAUGAAGACUGGCAGAUGAGACAGCGGUUGUGUCCCUAUUUGGGUAGCCUCUGAUUAUCCUGUACCUCAGCUAUGUCACUUUAGCUUUAAAGAAAAUGUGGUGAUUUUGCCACUAUAAGGUAUUAAAAAAACAAUCCCAUUGUCAGUUAUACAUUACUAGAAAGAACUGUUAUAGUUCAGCAAAAAAUCAUCUCAAAAUUAGAUGAUUUUCUGUAUGUAAGACUGAUAACAUGUCAAACAAGCCAUUACUGCCUUUUUUAGGUACAUUCAAUCUGGUCCUGAACAACCUACCAUGAAAAACAUACUUUUCAACCUCAUAUUGACAUCUCUAUCCUGUAAGAAAGUUAAACACAUAUUUGCUGUGGAAAGGUAUUUGGAUUUUCAUUAGACCCAGUCUCAAAAGUCUGCCAUGUCCUCUCUAGACCCCCAGUGGGUGCAACUCUUUCUUUUUUUUUUCUUUUUUUUUUGGUUUGAAUAGUUUUGUGAGUAUGACCUAUGUAUGGACAUUUGUAUGCAAUUAUGAAUGUCAAGGAGAGCAAUUUCAAAUUCACUCUGGUUGACUGGAAUCAUGAAUGAAUAUUGGUAUACAUGUGUUUCACUGGAAGCGGUUUGUCAUUCCUUAUAUCUGUUCUUUUCUGUCCUUCAAGAAAAUAUUUGUCUUCUGUUUUUCAUCUUACUUUCAUUGUUUCAAUAUAUGUACAAAUUUACAUGUUGUAGCAACCUUCCGAAUGUGUGUCAAACGUGCACUGCGUUCAGUAAAAAAUUUCCCAGUUC